CCAUUACCGACAUCAUCGCUGGGUCGCCUGUCUAACUGCCAAAAGUGUGUAAGUCGCAUCACUCUCCACUGUCACCUACCGAGCCCAAUCCCAUCCACUGUAUUUGCUCGUCAAUGGCGCCGCUGUGUUGGCGCCCCCACUUUACCACCGAGCAGACGCUCAACAACGUCAGAGAGCUCCCGCUAGCUACCUCGAGUGAGCUUGCUGGGGGAGCGAUUUUCUGGACAAAGUCUUGGUCUGACGAGGAUGUGUGAACCGGGCUGUCCUAUAGCGGAGACGAGGUGGGCAACAUGAUAGAGUCAAGAGUCGUGAGAGGAAGAGACAGUAGCGCAGAGGCCGAGAGAAGGCCAGAGAAGUCAUAUCGGCCGCGGAGCCACCGGAGAGCCACCGGGAAUCGGUGCAGCCAUAAGGGACCUGAGACUCGAGAGCCUGAAAUGGGUUGAGGUGUGCGGUGAACAAGAUUGAGCGUUUCCUGAUGAGGCGACAAUCUCAAUCGUCUCACUGGAUGGCGCGGUGAAUCGUCCAACAGUCUCAGCCCACUCAACAGUUCUAAAGCCUCACGGAACUCAAUUCACGGCCCGUCAGUAUCAGACGAUUCGCGACGUAUCUCCGUUCUCGCCAAUCGAGGAGCAGCAUGCUGCAAGAUGCAUUAGACGAACGUUCCUGGCGAGAUGAGAAAAAGAUCCGCGGUCUUAUCAUGGCCUCUCUUUAUGCCUCACCGACACAGCUGUUGGAUGUUGUAAACAGCUCAUGGCCUCAAUCUGAUGAACUCAUUCUGGCCCGCACAGAGCAACUCUCGGCAAGAGCGUCAGAAUUGCCCCUCCCUGCCCCUCCAAAACGCCGUAACUGCCACUGUACCCCUUGCCGUGUCCUUCUAAUUACACUUACGCAGCUCUGUUAUUUUUUUUUGGCUUUAUUUAUCGAUAAGGACCAGACAGAGUGGGAUUGAAAACCCCGCUAUACCCCCCCUCCUUCGUCAUUGCUCUGCUCCUCUUCAUUCAUAACUGACAAACUUUCUUGCUCAAUAGACUUUUUUUCUUCUACAUCUUUCAUCUCAACCUACAAUUUCUAUCCAACCUAAGCUUCACAAACAGCAACAAUGGGUGUCCAAGAAGUCCUUAGCCGCAAGACUGGUGUCAUCGUCGGUGACGAUGUCCUCCGUCUCUUCGAGUACGCUCGCGAGCACAAGUUCGCCAUUCCCGCCAUUAACGUCACCUCUUCCUCCACCGUCGUUGCUGCUCUCGAGGCCGCCCGCGACAACAAGGCUCCCGUCAUCCUCCAGUUCUCUCAGGGUGGUGCCGCCUACUUCGCUGGCAAGGGUGUGAGCAACACCGACCAGGCCGCUUCCAUUGCUGGCUCUAUCGCCGCUGCCCACUACGUCCGCUCGCUCGCUCCCGCCUACGGCAUCCCCGUCGUCCUUCACACCGACCACUGCGCCAAGAAGCUCCUCCCUUGGCUCGAUGGCAUGCUCGAUGCCGACGAGGCUUACUUCAAGGAGAAGGGCGAGCCCCUCUUCUCCUCUCACAUGAUCGAUCUCUCUGAGGAGCCCGUCGAGUGGAACAUUGAGACCACCGCCAAGUACCUCAAGCGCGCUGCCCCUAUGAAGCAGUGGCUCGAGAUGGAGAUUGGUAUCACCGGUGGUGAGGAGGAUGGUGUCAACAACGAGGAUGUUGACAACAACUCUCUCUACACCCAGCCCGAGGAUAUCCUCAACAUCUACAACACUCUCUCCCCCAUCUCCCCCUACUUCUCUAUCGCCGCUGGCUUCGGUAACGUCCACGGUGUUUACAAGCCUGGCAACGUCAAGCUCCACCCCGAGCUUCUCGGCAAGCACCAGGCACACGUCAAGGAGGCCCUCAAGUCCGACAACGACAAGCCCGUCUUCUUCGUCUUCCACGGUGGCUCCGGCUCCUCCAAGAAGGAGUACCUCGACGCCAUUGGCUUCGGUGUUGUCAAGGUUAACGUUGACACUGACAUGCAGUUCGCUUACUGCUCCGGUAUCCGAGACUACAUGAUCAACAAGCGCGAGUACGUCAACACUACCGUCGGCAACCCCGAUGGCGAGGACAAGCCCAACAAGAAGUACUUCGACCCCCGUGUCUGGGUCCGUGAGGGUGAGAAGACCAUGUCCAAGCGUGUUGCCGAGGCUCUCCAGGACUUCAACACUGCCAACCAGCUAUAAAUGUCGAUAAACGACAAUAACUGGUUCUAAUGAUAUCCCAACUGCGGCAGAAUUCAUGAGUAUCGUUUGGAAAAGAAAAAGAGGGAUCUAGAAAAUGCCCUCACCUUGGUUCCGACACAACAUAGCAGUGUUUAGUUGCAGGGGCGUUACGAGGCGAUGAAAGUAGUAAAAUUAAUGAAGAAAAAAAAAUUGACGACGUACAAACAGCCUGAGUAUUCUGUACUACAAUGGGAAUAUGUGACUUCAAAGGUAAAACCACCUUACGCCGAUAAAAUGAUAUGGGACCUUGCAUCAAUGCGACUUCUGGAUGUGGAUGACUACCAGCUGAGAAAACAUGAAAAUCAUGUCAUUAAUCGUAGAACAUAUAUAGCCUGUUAAUUAUUAUACAAACCAACCGUUUGAGUCUCCCGUGGUUCGUCGCGGAAUGCCUCUUGUACCAGAGAACAUUUGCCGAGCGCCGUGUAUUCUAACCCAUGUCCAUCC